AUGUUGGACAUCGUGUGGAUGUUCCAGUACAAGUUCAAGGGCAUGGUGGCCGUGCCGGAGUGGCUGUCCAUCAACUUCAACCCAGUGUUCACCUCGUUGCACAUGCUGUUGGUGCUUGGCCUCGACAGGGACAUCUCAGACGAGGAUGCCAACUCCAUGCCACACCUGUACAAGGUCGGACCUGCCUGCAGGCUCUUCAACACGAAGGUGUUUGCCAAAUGGGUGGCCAUCGCAUGCUACCACGGCUUCAUCUGCUGGUUCAUCCCGUUCAACAUCUUCAUCAAGCCAGACAUAUCGGACCUGGACAAGAAGACACCUUCCGAGUUCUGGGUCUCUUCGGUCACCUCGUUCUCGUGCGUCGUCUUCGUGGUGUGUUUCAAGCUGAUGCUCGUCGCUCAGAACCCGUUGGGCCUGCACACAUGGCUGCCAACGCUCAUCACGCUCAUGAUGCUCUUUCUGGCCAUAUUCUGCUUCAGCUACGUGCUGUUUGGUCCCAAGAUGCAGCCCAACAUGAAAGGGAUCUUCGGCGACAUGUUCGGGAACAACGACGUUUACCUGUCGUUUGCCGUUGUCAUCGUGGUUGCGCUGAUUCCAGAUGUAAUCAUGGCCGCCGUCGGCAGGGUCCUCUUCCCCUCCGAGCUGGACUUGGCUCGCCGCGAGCCGCGCAAGAAGCAGGCCCCCGCCGAGCAGUGA